GCGUCACGGGGAGGACCCAUCCACCUGAAAAGCCGACAGUGGGUAGGGAAAAUCUAGUGCUGUUCUUCGGAGGAAGAAACUAUUUGCGAUCAAGAAAUGGGGAAGCCCUGAACAAUUAACUAACUUUUCCAAGAUCACACGGCUCCGCUGAAGUCAACACUAAAGUAACAACGAUUUUCCAGGGAUGAAGUCCACCCUCGGAGACAAGCAAGUCUGCAUGGUACUUCGCUCAACGUCUAGCCAUUUAUCGUCGGGACACUGCGCGAAUAGUUUUUUUAAACCAAUCAGCAUUCAGGAAGGGGGCGGGCCUAGGGGGACUUCACAGCCAAUUGGUGGACAGGUGGUGCCAAGGUCAAGAGGCUGGGGGAGAUAGAGCUAUAACCGGCACCCCGGGGGCCUCGCGCCUCAGUUCAGAACGUGGAAGUCAAAGGGCGUGGCAGGGGCACGCGCCUGCGUGUCGUGCGCAUGCGUGUGGCACGCCUGACUCCUGGAAGAGCGCUGAGCAGCUUCGAGGCUAGCGUCGUCGCAGAAGAGAAGCCAUUGCUUUCCACACCCACGUGGAGUAAGACAACAUGGACCCCCGGGAGCCCCCAGCCCGUCAGCCUUUCCAGCAGCCUGAGAAAGCUGGCCGCGUGCGUCGCCGGAAGACCAGGAGGGAGCGGAACGAAGCCCUGGUGGGCAGCCGCCGGCCAUUGGCCUAUCAAGAUCCUCCUAUGUCCAGUCAGGAUCCCGCUGUUGCCCUCCAGGAUCCCGUGGUCCCUGCUGCCUCCAAGCUUGUGGUGAUAACCCAGGGCCGGCUGAGCCGGGAGCACCGGGGUCUUUUCAACCAUGAGGUGAAAUCCCUGGAUGUGGCCCGGCUGCUUGACAGUGGGUCCCUGGAGCCAAGCACUCCCUUUCUCCCCACUAAGCCUUCCUCCAGCCCACCUAGGAUUCAAGAGCCAGCCCCACAGUCAAGGGGCAAGGAGAACCAGGUGCCUGGGGGCUCAGGCCCAGGCCCACCUAAUUCUCCAGAACUCUGUGGCUUGGGGCAACUUCUAGAGGAGCUACAAUGCCAGCUGAUUUUGCCACAGGCCUUCCCCAGGAGGAACCUGGUGCAGGAAGCCAGGGAUGCCAUCGUGGGAACCUUACAGGCCCUCCAUGGCUGUGUGCCUGAUAUUGCCCUGGUGCUCCAAGGCUGCCAGUUGCCCUUGCCAGGUGAGCCCGCCUCCUGCCCCGCUAUCCCCUUUCCAUUCUCUGCUGUAGCCCACCUGUCUCCCGUGCUUUUUUCCUUUGUGCCAGGAACCAAACCUGAGGUUACUGAGAGACAAAGAAUGACACCCUCCUGGAUCAACAGGCCUGAACAGGCCCCAAGAGAAGGGAGACAGAGGAGGCAACAGAGGACAAAGGACAGCUUUGCCAUGCCUUGUAUGUCCAGCACUCCCACUGCACUCAGGAUGAGCCUGCCACCACCGAGAGGUCCUUGGCCACCCUCCUUGUCUUUGUUGCCUUCACCUUCUGGGGCAGCUUGGGGUCCCCCAACAGCCUUUGACCUACUAAAAAGCAUCUGGCUUGUAGGCACACCACCGCCUCCCCAUCAUUGGUGUGUCGGCCCGCCUCAGCCCCUGCCUCAGCCAUCACCUUUGCUGCCCCAAACUUCUGGCCUGGACUGGAGCCCCAACUCCUCUGCCCCACUGCCCAGUCUCUCCUGGGUAGUAGCUCAGAGCAGUCCAGAAGCCUGGUCCUUUCCACCCAUGAGACUGUACUAAGGGGGCUGAGACUAAGUCUGGGGCAGGGUAUCCUCAUACCCAGUCACCUCAAUAAAGUUCCUUCUUCUUGGUC